GCUAGUCAACGUCUAUCAAUACAAGCAUAAGUGCAAUUAACACAAUAAUCUUAUUAACUGCACGACUGCCGAUAGAUAAACGAUGAUCUAAUUGAGUGUUACAAAAUAUUAUAGAAACAGUUACUCGAAAGUUAGUCUUACAUUAAUGACACCGUUUACUAUUUCUUUACAGGAGGUUUUCAGCAUUAGCUUGCGUCAUAAGCAGUCUUACAACAGUUCGAUCCGCCUACGAUAACUCAUCGAACUUCUCUUAGCGACACUUUCACCGAAAGACGCGUUGCAACUACACGAAAAAUGGCAGCGCAAACAACUUACUGGAAAGUGUUGACGCGCCGAAAAGUUUUGCCCAAUGAGGGCGCGGAGUCUGACACGAAGCUGAAUCGUGUGCUCGGCUUAUUCGAUCUGACCGCGCUAGGCGUUGGUUCCACCUUGGGCGCAGGCGUUUAUGUGUUAGCUGGGCAAAUAGCACGCGAUCAGGCGGGACCCUCUGUGAUGCUGUCGUUCGCAAUUGCCGCACUGGCAUCCUUACUAGCAGGCAUUUGUUAUGCGGAGUUUGGCGCGCGUGUGCCUAAAGCCGGUUCGGCUUAUGUCUACAGCUAUGUUUGCAUUGGCGAGUUUGCGGCCUUUGUCAUCGGCUGGAAUCUGAUGUUGGAGUAUAUUAUUGGCACGGCGAGUGUUUGUCGUGGCAUCAGUCUCUAUUUGGAUACGCUAAUCAACGAUACGCUCAAGCACACCUUCGCGGAGAUAGCGCCAAUUAACGUUAGUUUCCUCGGUAGCUACUUCGAUUUCUUUGCAUGCGGUCUAGUCAUUGUUUUUGGUGUUGCAUUGGCCUUUGGCGUGGAGACUUCAGCGUUGGCUAAUAAUUUCUGCACGAGCCUCAAUAUUUUCAUACUUUCAUUUGUGAUAAUUUUUGGCGCUAUCAAAGCAAAUUUUGCCAACUGGUCUAUCGAUCCGCAAGCCAUCAACGCCACCACCACCGCAACUGGCAACAUCGGCGCCGGCGGUUUCUUUCCAUUUGGCUUCGCAGGCACACUUAAAGGUGCCGCCACUUGUUUUUUCGGCUUUGUGGGCUUCGACUGCAUCGCCACUACCGGCGAGGAGGUGCGCAAUCCGCGCCGCAACAUACCACGUUCCAUCCUACUCUCGCUCUUGAUCAUAUUCCUUUGCUAUUUCGGCGUCUCAACAGUGCUCACACUGAUGGUGCCCUAUUACGAGCAAGACCCGAAUGCGCCGCUGCCAUUUGCUUUCAAACAAGUCGGCUGGACGUUCGCCAUGUGGAUCGUGGCGAUCGGUGGACUGAUCGGUUUGUUAGCCAGUUUAUUUGGCGCCUUGUUUCCAUUGCCGCGCGUCAUGUACUCGAUGGCAGAUGAUGGUUUGCUUUUUCGGUUUUUGGGCAAGAUCAGUCCGCGCUUUCGCGUGCCGGUUAAUGGUUCGAUCUGCGCCGCCAUAUUCACAGCGCUCAUGGCGGGUUUGUUCGAUCUGCAGCAGCUGGUUAGUCUCCUGUCAAUCGGCACAUUGCUGGCCUACAGCGUGGUGGCCAUUUCAAUUACCAUACUCAGGUACAUGGAGUCGGCUGAUUCUGCGGAUUGUGAGAGCGGUAAUCAACCGUUAACCGAAAACUCCAUGCUCACAUCAUCGGGUACCAAAGUCACCGCUAAAGCUGUAUUACUACAAUUGUUCAACAUCAAGCAUCUGAGCACACCAAACUCGCUUUCGACGCGUAUCGUUGGCACCUUAAUAACAGUAUUUUGUCUGCUCUCACUAUUCAUCGGUCUGAUAUUCAAAGAAGCUUACGAUGCGCUGCUUGAAAACCAACUGUGGGUGCUUGUUCUAUUGCCCAUCUUAGUGUUAUUGGCUAUACUAACGCUGGUCAUGAUUUGCGUGCAACCGCGCGAGCCGGUCAUAAAGACAUUCCGUGUUCCCAUAGUACCGCUUCUACCCGCCAUUAGCGUUUUUAUUAACAUCUACCUCAUGUUGCAGCUGGAUGUGAUGACUUGGAUCCGUUUCGGCAUUUGGAUGUUGAUAGGCAUACCAAUAUUCAUUGCUUGUUGGUGUAUGUAUGACCUUGGUGAUAUCACCAAACGGAAUCCCGAGCGUGUGGCCUUUGAGCGUGCCUUGAAAGAGAGCGCGCGCAGCGCAAAACCGUCAGCCAAUGGGCAUUUAAACAAGCAUAUGAAAACAAAUGGUGUGCUAAAGAAGUCGAAGAGCGCUAAUGGCGUGACAAACAACACCUCGUUAAGCUCGCAAAAUGAGCACACGGUGAAGAGUCUAGACGAAAUUAUGAAUAUGAAUGAAGUCAGCGACGACUUGAUCGAGAUGCGACAUAAUGGCAAAGUUUUCUACAUUGAAGACAAUCGCAGUCACUCGUCGAAAAAUUCACUGGAUAAAUCGGAUGGCGAGAAAGAUGGCACGCGUGAGGAUGAAAAGUCUGUGAUAGCCAUGCUGGACGACGUGUUGCAAGCGGCGGAUACCGGCACUACAAUAACAUCCAAUAUGCCGGAUUAUCGAAAAUUUAGCGUGGACUCCGAAAUGCUGCCGAGCGUAAUCGAAAUGAAUACUAUAGCGACGGUGCACACCAGCAGCAACUCAUCGGACGAUUUGGAAGCGGUGCCCGAGGUGGAAAGUGGCAAGGGUUCCAGCUGUAGCAGCCUUAGCAGCGGUACUGAGCGUUUCACCGCGACACAAGCAGCUGCAAAGCAAUUAGUUGAUGAUAUACUCAACAGCGCUGAGCUUACGGAAGCUUUGACACGCCAAAAAUCGCUAAACGAAGCGGUGAAUCGGCAGUUUGCGAGCGGUGGUAUAGACAGUGAUGAAACAAAUCUCCAAAAUACUAAAAUUUCAACUGACAACGCUGUGCGUAAGCCAAGCCACACGCAAGAAAAAGAUAGCGCUGUGAGUAAGCCAGACCCGACGGAAGCGAAUGAGUCACUCGCACGCAAGAACUCCGAAUCCUCGUUACUCUCCAUCGAUGAUCCCAUACACUCGGAAAACUUUAAAAAUAAGCUAAGUAAAAUUCUAAUGCUCCCACCGGUACAAGUAACGCCGCACAAAACUCCGCAAAAGGAGCAAACACCGGCAGACAAACCGGCAACGGCAAACUCCUCACCGCGUCCCCAACUCAAACAUUCCAAAAGUGAAACGGAUCUACGCCAACUCGUCUUGCAAGCAAUUGUAAAUACAGGAUUAGCCGAAUCAAACGACGAAACCGCACCGUCCGCUUCCAAUGGUAACGGUAUACCGAAACCACCGAAAUUUGAUCCAAUACUCUACAAAACAAUCAAUAACCUGCGUUCCAACAAAGAACGACCCAGUUUACAGCGACUAAUAGAAAGCAACGAAACGCCACAGGCGCCUACGAAACCAGCCGAAUCAACGGAAGAGCCGGCAUUGCCAUUUAAACAAAAGCUGGAGGCCGUGUUGAAACGCGGUCCAUCGCAUCGCCUGCAACAGCGUCCCGAAGCAGUGCCGAUACGUCGACCCAAGUCCGUCGAGCCAAUAACAAUGCAAGAGGUAGCCGAGGAGCAAACAAUGCUUAGACCCAAAUCAAAUGGCACAGCGGAUGGCAGCAUUGCACGUUCGGAAAACAAUCUCGCGACAAAAAUUAGCGCCGACGACGCCGCGAAUGUGAUAACGAACGCACGCAGCUUACUGAAACACGUACCAAACGGCACCGUCGAGCUGUAUGGAUAGCAGACAAUCGUUGCACGCCAAAUUUUAUAACGGAUAUUUACAUGCAUACAUAUUUUAGAUGUGUAUGUAUGUGCCUAAACCCUACUUAGCAGGGCAUACUAUAUGUAUUAACUUAGUCAAACCUAUAUACUGCAUUCUAGUAUUGUAGUUGUUAAAGAUAUUUAUUGUUGGAAUUUAUUAAACAAAUAUUUAGUCACAAAUACUUAAAAAGCUCAAGUAACUGGCUCAAAGCCUUAGCGUAAGCUCGUUGUUGUAGGCGUAGACACUCGUUAGCUUAAAUACUAUUUUAUUCCAUAGGUGUAAUACAUAACUGUAUUUGUAUUGUUAUUGUUGAUAAGUACACAUACACACAAACAUUUUUAUAUUAAGCGUAAGCCAUAUAAGCGCAGCUUGGAAAAGCUCACGCCGUACACAAAACAGCUUACUAGUGCUUUCGUUUUAUAUAUGUAUUUUUAUACCCUGAACAGAAUAUAUUAAAUUUGCCAGCCAGCAGUUAACUCUGGAGACCAUAUCAAAUAUUGUAUAUAUUGGGUAGUCGAAAAAAUCUUUUCGUAUUUUGUUAAUAGUUGGCGUUGCAGUCGUAUAUCUCCAGUGCUAUCAAACACAUUGUGUCAUGCCAUAUAAAAAGUCAAUAAAAUUAUGGACAAUACUAAGCGAAAAAGAUCAUGGUCCAAGCGUGAUGAAGCUCAACAAAUGGUCGCAAAGCCAGGAUUAACGCCUCGAAAGGUUGAAAUGUUGGUGGGAUUGGACAGGAAACAUACACUAUGAGCUGCUCCAGCCUGGUCAAACGAUUGAUUCUACAUUUUACUGUCCACAACUCAUGAGAUUGAAGCAAGCAAUCGAAAAAUAAGUACAAGAACUCAUCAACAGAAAGGGCUUCGUCUUCCAUCAGAACAACGCUAGACCACACACAUCUUUGAUGACUCGCCGAAAACUGGGAGAGCUUGCCUGGACAGUUUUGAUGCAUCCACUAUAUAGCCCUGACGUUACACCAUCGGAUUACUAUUUCUUUUGAUGAAGGUAAAACUCCCUUAAUGGAGUAAAGCCUGUGAAAAUUACUUUCGCAGUUUUUUCGCCGAGAAACCAGAAAAGUUUUACACUGUUGGAAUAAUGUCUCUAGCGGAAAAAUGACAAAAAAUGUUCGAUAAAAAUGAUACCUAUUUGGUUCAUUAUUAUAAAAAAAAAUAAGUUGAAGUUUGAUUGGAAAUACGAAAAGACUUUUUCGACUACCCAAUAUUAUCACGAAAUUUUGCACAGAAUAUUAUCAGAGGCAGCGCCAAGCUAUCCUUUUGAUUUUUUUUUUUGAUCGGUCUACUAUAGAUUAUAGCUGUCAUACAAACUGAAUGAAAAUGCAAUUCUUGUAUGGAAAACUUUUUUAAUUUACGAGAUAUCUGAAAGAAAUUUGGCACAGCUUAUUAUUUCAGGCAAAGAUAGAAUAUUCGAAGAAAUUUUUUAGAUCGGACCACAAUAGCACAUAGCUGCCAUACAAACUGAACAAUCAAAAAUUUUUCUUGUAUGGAAAACUUUUUUAAUUUACGAGAUAUCUGAAAGGAAUUUGGCAUAGAUUAUUAUUCAAGGCAACAGUAUAACCAGCUAAGAAAUUGUUCAAAUCGGAUCACUAUAGCACAUAGCUGCCAUACAAACUGGCCAAUCAAAAUUAAAUCCUUAUAUGGAAAACUUUUUUAUUUGAAAAUAUAUGUUCUCCAAAUUUUAUACAGAUUAUUGUUCAAAACAAUUCUACAAUCUCCAAAGAAAUUGUUUAGAUCGGAUCACUAUAGCAUAUAGCUGCCAUACAAACUCACUGGUCAAAAUGCAGUCCUUAUAUGGAAAAAUUUUUUAUUUGAAAAGAUAUGUUCACCAAAUUUUAUACAGAUUAUUUUCCCAGACAAGUGUACAAUCUCCAAAGAAAUUGUUUGAAUCUAACCACUAUAGCACAUAGCUGCCAUACAAACUGACCAAUCCAAAUCAUGUACUUGCAUAGACAACUUUUAUAUUUGUGAAGGGUAUGCUUACUUCGGUCCAAGUUAACGAUUUUUUAUUUUAUUAUUAUUAUUAUCAUUAUUUUAAUUAUUCUUAAUUUUUUAAUUAUAAUUAAUUUUUCUUUUUGCUAAAUUUGCAUGUGUGUACGUUAGUCCUUACUUAGCCUAAACUAAUAACUAAUCAGUCUCAAUGUAACUAUCUAUAUCUGUACCAAUUGCAUGCUAAUGCCAAACCCAAUCAACUAAUUUCUUUGC